UUUUCUUCCUUUAGCUUUUAAUUUUUUCAUUUUAAAAAUGUCAUAUGGCGGUAAUGAGCGUUCCCCGUUACUUAAAUCGGCAGCUGCAAAUACAAGUUUAAAUGCUUAUAGUGAAACUAAUUCAAGUCGAGAAGAAGCUAGACCAUUUGGUGAAUUGCCUGUAACAGAUAAUUUGGAACAAAAUGGGUCUGUUUUGUCAAAUUCUUCCUAUCAAAAUCCAGAAUUGCCUUCUUUAAGAAGUCCAAAUAUUAGUGGGUCACCAAUUCAACAUAAUGGGACUAAAAAUCCAAAACAAAAAGAAAAUAUAGACAUUCAAAGAGACGGGGAAGAAGAUUUUAAUUCUGAAGAUACUCCAACACAAAAUGGUCCAAUGGUUGUUUGCCGUGUUUGUGAAACAAAUAUUCCUUUUGUUGGCAAAACAAAUCAACAAGUUGUUCGGUGCUCUCAAUGUCAUGAGGUAACUCCAAUCAGAGCAGCCCCACCAGGCAAAAAAUAUGUUCGUUGUCCUUGUAAUUGUCUUCUAGUUUGUAAAGCCAGUUCUACAAGAAUUGCCUGUCCACGUCAAAAUUGUCGUCGAGUAAUUACUUUGGCUGCAUCUUCUCCCGUUGGGACUGCUGUUCGUGCCCCCGCGGGUACUUGCCGAGUUCAAUGUGUUCAUUGUGCUGAGGUUUUUAUGUUUAAUACACUUGCUAAUGCUGUUGCCCAUUGUCCGCAUUGUAAAAAUUGUUCUUCUGUCGGUGUUCGUUUUGCUCGUUCUCGUGCUGCUUUGAAUUUUUUUGUUAUGUUUAUUUUUCUUUUAAUUCUUGCUGGCCUUAUAUUGGCAAUUAAUUAUUCAAAACAAAAUAUUGGAUUAUUUAAAUAUAUAAUUUUGGGUUUAGUCUCUUUGGUUACUCUUUUCUUCUUUUAUCGUUUCAUUUAUUAUUAUUGGAGAUUGAAGAUUAGCCAAGUUGGUUUUUUUAAUUUUAAAAAAUUUAAGAACCCCUAAGAUAUUCAAUAAGGGUUAAAAAUUCAAAUUUUAUAAAGAAAAAGGGGGGGGGGGUAUAACAAACAUCUGGAGACCCAAAUUUAAUUUCUAGAUGUUGAGAUAAAUACUUUCUUUUAUUUUUUGGUUUUCACGUGCAAAAUUCCUCUUGUUUAUUUAUAGUACAAAAAUUUACUUUUUAUUUCUCUUAUCUUUGUAUGAUAAUUGAAAACAAAUGAAAAGAAAAUUUAGGGGAAAAAACAGAAUGGGGAAAAGAGGGAAAUUUAAUCUAAUAAAUAAUUUUUUGGUUAAAAAUUAUUUUUAUUUUUUAGGUUCUUGGGCCUAUUUGAUGAAAUUUUUGUGGAGGGGAAUUAAUU